UCCUCCCCUGCAGGCUGUCCAGCCUCAGUGUGCCGUCCCUCUGCCCCCUCUCAGAAGCACAUCCACCUCCAUGGGGACCUGCUGCUGAGCGCCGGUCGCUGGUUCUUCAGCGCCCUCGGUUCCAUGGAUCGGAGUUGAAAGGAUUUUUUUUAUUUUCUCGACUUUUUCCCCAAUUAUUCCUGGAGUUCGUUUGCGGAAUAAUGGCUUGGAUGUCCUUUAUUGUUUUUUUCAGUCUGGAAAUCUGCUCUGUUGCCGCUAUCGAGCUGCGCUUCACGUCCGAGCCGCCGACGCUGGACAUCCAGGGCGUCCACAGGAUGAACAAAUCCGAGAACCUGGAGCUCACAUGCAGGGGCCGGCAGUACCUGCGAUGGACCGCCCCUCCCACCAGCACCCACUUCUCCAUCAUGGACUGUCGCGGAUCGGGAAUCUUUUGCACAAAGCUGCAGAUCGCCAACGCCACCGUCAACGAGACGGGGCAGUACCAGUGCUCCUACCGAGAUGUCAAAGCCGAAAGCGGCAAGACGUCUGUGGCGGUUCACGUUUUCGUUCACGACGACAGGGCGCCGUUUGUUCCGUCCGAGAAGCCUUACGAGCUGGUGUUUAUCCGGGAAGGCGAGCGGGUGGUCAUCCCGUGUCGAGGAUCUAUGGAGAACCUCAAUGUGACACUUCAUACUUAUCCAGACAAAGAGUUCCACCCCGACGGGAAAGAUUCCCUGUGGGACGCCAGGACCGGCUUCGCCAUUCCCAGCCAUCUGAUCAGCUACGCCGGCGUGGUGUCCUGCCAGACUCGCAUCGGCGAGGAAACGUUCGAGUCCCCUCUCUACGUGGUGGCUGUCGUCGGAUACAAGAUCAACGACCUCACCCUGACCCCCGCGCAAGGCAGGCUGUCUGUCGGGGAGCGACUGGUGCUCAGCUGUAUCGCGUACACUGAACUCAACGUGGCCAUCGAGUUCAACUGGACGCACGCCGGCCAGCCUUUGAUGUCCGGCAACGGUUCGAGGGCGUUUCACAUGACGGCGCACAAGAAAAAGUUGUGGGACUCGUUGGAGAUGUCCAACACGCUGGUGGUGGACAACGUGACUGUGGAGCACACCGGCGAAUACACCUGCACCGCCUCCAGCGGCCCCAUGGAGAAGAGCGCCUCGGCGUUUUUCAAGGUCCACGAGAAGCCGUUCAUUGACAUAAAGGAACCGAGGGCCAAAGUGUUGGAGGUAAAUGUGGGGGGUUUGCAGUCCACCGCCAUACCCGUCAAGUACUCGGCCUACCCAGAACCAAACUUUAAAUGGUUAAAAAACGGCCUCCCGCUGAAGGAGGACCACCGGAUCAAGGCGAGAAUCGACGCCCUCAUCUUCCGCGGCGUCGCCGAAACCGACGCGGGGAACUACACCAUCGUCCUCAGUAACAAGAUCACCAAAGACGAGCAGAGGAGGUCUUUCCAGCUUCUGGUCAAUGUUCCUCCCAAUAUCAUCGAGAAGGAGGUGUCGCCGGACGCGGACGUGUUCCUGUACGGCAGCAGCGCCGUCCUGCGGUGCACCGCCCGGGGCUUCCCCACGCCCACCCACAUCCAAUGGCAGUGGAUGUCCACCGACGACUGUCCGGAGGCCUUCGUGCCGGGACUUUCGAAGACCGAGGAGCAAAUCGUCUUCUGCAAAGCUUGGCGCGACAUCGGCAACGGGAGCGCUCACAACCCCGUGGAGCAGAUCUCCACCGACGUCGAUCAAGGCCAGAAGAAAAUGGUGAGCUCCUUGAAGUUCCGGAAAGCCGAGGUCCACGCCCUGUACCGGUGCACGGCUGCCAACAAAGUGGGCAAGGACUCCCGGGUCAUUUUUUUCCACGUCACUCGCGGCCUGGAGCUGAGCGUGUCGCCGUCCAGCGAGCCCCUGGAGGAGGAACGCGUGGCCCUGAGCUGCAAGGCCGACGGGCUGAUGUACGGCAACCUGGCCUGGUUCCGCGUCACGAACGGGUCCGGGUGGGAGCGGGCCGCCGAAGUGCAGCUGUGCCGCUCGCUGGAGCUGCCGCCGACGCCGCUGCUGCGCCUCGGCGCCUCCGACGACGCCAACGUGAGUCUGGAGCUGCUGCUGCCCAACGCGUCGCGCCGGGACGAAGGCCUGUACGCCUGCCAGGUGGAACACCUCAAGACCGGGGAGAGGACUUGCUUGCUGCGCCAGCUGUCGUUGAAAGGUCUGGAGGCUCCGAGGAUCCUCAACAACCUCACCGACCAAAAAGUCAACGUGAGCGCCACCGUCACGCUCCUGUGCGACGCUGUCGGCACGCCCGACCCGACGGUGGUGUGGACCAAAAACAACCGCACGUUGGUGGAGGGCUCCGGCGUGAUCCUGAGCCGGGGCGGUCACGUCUUGACCAUCCAGCGCGUCAAGAAGGAAGACGACGGCACGUACGGCUGCACUGCUUGCAACAGCCGCGGAUGCGACACCUCGGAGGCCUUCUUGACUACGGAAGGCGCGGAAGAGAAGACCAACGUGGAGCUGAUCGUUCCCAUCGGCUCGGUGGUCAUCGCCAUGUUCUUCUGGCUCCUGGUCGUCUUCGUCAUCCGCGGGAGAAAGAGAUCCAACGGUAGCGAUCUGAAGACGGGCUACCUCUCCAUGAUCCUGGACUCGGAAGACGUGCCCAUGGACGAGCAGUGCGAGCGGCUCACCUACGAUGCCAACAAGUGGGAGUUCCCGCGGGACAGGCUGAAGCUCGGCGAUCCCCUGGGCCGAGGCGCGUUCGGCCAGGUCGUGGAAGCCGCCGCGUUCGGGAUCGAGAAGAUCGCCACCUGCACCACCGUUGCCGUCAAGAUGCUUAAAGAGGGAGCCACGUCCAGCGAGUACCGAGCUUUGAUGUCGGAACUGAAGAUCCUCAUCCACAUCGGACAUCACCUGAACGUGGUCAACCUACUGGGAGCCUGCACCAAGCCUGGUGGCCCUCUCAUGGUCAUCGUGGAGUACUGCAAACAUGGAAACCUGUCCAGCUACCUGAAGAGCAAGCGUGGAGAAUACAGUCCAUAUAAGAGAAAGAGAACGGACGGCCAGAGGUGGACGUCCGCAGAAGAAGACGACGUGACCGGAGGAGAUCUCGGCCUGGGGAAGAUCGCCCAGCUGGACAUCUGCACGGGGACGGCCGACAGAGCUUCGGGCGGCCAUCUGAAUCCGCAGGAUGAGAGCACAGACGAAGACCACUUGACCAUGGAGGACCUGAUCUGCUUCAGUUUCCAGGUGGCCAAAGGCAUGGAGUUCCUUUCUUCUCGCAAGUGCAUCCACAGAGAUCUGGCCGCCAGGAACAUCCUCCUCUCUGAGAACAACGUGGUCAAGAUCUGCGACUUUGGUCUGGCCAGGGACGUCUACAAGGAUCCCGACUACGUCCGGAAGGGAGACGCACGACUCCCUUUGAAGUGGAUGGCUCCGGAGACCAUCUUCGACCGGGUGUACACCACGCAGAGCGAUGUCUGGUCCUUCGGGGUCCUUCUCUGGGAGAUCUUCUCACUGGGUGCGUCUCCCUAUCCCGGCGUCUGCAUCGACGAAACUUUCUGCCGAAGGCUUAAAGAAGGCACCAGGAUGAGACCGCCGGAGUACGCCACCUCGGAGAUAUACCAGACCAUGUUGGACUGCUGGCUGGACCGCCCCACGGACAGGCCCACCUUCGCCGAACUGGUGGAACAUUUGGGCAACCUGCUGCAGGCCAGCGCUCGCCAGGACGGGAAGGACUACAUCCCGCUGACGGCGGGAGGCGACGCGGCGGGAGCUCCGGGUCACUCGGCGCCUCAGAGCACCGACGUCCCGGAAUCUCACCCGCACUACGACAACGCUCUGCCUCUCGGGCAGGGCGAAAUCUGCGGCCGGAGGCUCAGCGUGAAGACGUUUGACGACGUCCCCGUGGAGCGCAGCAGCGUCACGGAGGGUCACAUGGAUUGUUCACCCGACGAAGCAGCAGGUUUGAGUCCGCAGCUGCUAACCACGCCAAGCUUGAGCAGCCAACUCCUGCGCUGCAAGAGCAAAGAGUCACUGGCGUCCGAAUCGUCCAACCAGACGAGCGGCUACCACUCGGACGACGCCGACGCGCCCGUCUACGCCAACGAGGAGGCCAUCGCCAAGCACAGCCUGCUCCUGAAGAAGCAGAAGCCGUCCCCUGCGCCUUCCCUGCCCAAAUUCGGCGCGGAGAUCCGCUACAGCACGCCGCCCGUCUGACCCUCGGAACCAUCCGGUCUUGUACAGUGUUAUGUCGAACAAUAAGUAGAGCUGCGGCCGCGUUGUUGUUGUUGUUGUCGUUGGCGUCGUAAAUCAACCGGAACAAAAAUGAGGGUUGAAUGACGAGAGGGUGGAAACCAUCCCCGCGCUAUCGUGUUGACCCAGCGAGCCAACGGCCGGCGCUCGCUUCCUGCGCGCCAGGAAACGUCGCCGCAAAUUUGGGAGAGCGUGAACGUCAGGACGCGGAAUGCUUUUGUUUUGGCACAGUCGGCAGUUCUCUUCUCUUCUUUGUGUACAGUCGCUUAUUUGUACCCGCAUUACAGUAUACUGUAUAUGUUAUCCAGAGAAUUCGUGUAACUAGUUUUAUAAAAAUGAACCCAUUGGGGUUUUUCCACCCCGCAAAGUGUUUGACGAAUAAUAAUAAUAGUAAUAAAAAGAAUCAAAAGAAGAUCGUCUGAAUAAUUUAUUCAAGGUGAGUGACAUUUCCUCAGUUUGUUCAGGAAUGAGGUCUGGAACUGGCCCCAAAUGGCUGCUCCGCACCAGAUUAGCCGACUUCCUUUUUGAUUUGGGUCACCGGUUCUUCAGACUUGUCGACGGCACGGUAUACACGUCUUUAAAAUUUGGUGUCGAUAUACCACAAAAAUUGCAUCAGAGGAUAAAUAUUCUUAUUAACUUUCGGAGAAUCAUCCAACUUUGAUGCCAAGUUUGGAUGCCGUAGACCGGAGGUGUCAAACUCAAGGCCCGGGGGCCAGAUCCGGCUCACCGUGUGGUGUUAUGUGGCCCGCGGAGGUAAAUCACGUCU